UAACAUGGAUGACCUCGAGGAAGAGAAUUUCUCUCUGUCAGUGUCAUCCCCCAAGGAUGCUGAAUUUGAUCGGGUGGUGGGGCAUUUGGAAGAUAUCAUAAUGGAUGACGAGUUUCAGGUGCUACAGCGAAAUUUUAUGGAGAAGUAUUAUCAAGAGUUUGAAGACACAGAAGAAAAUAAGCUAACAUACACCCCAAUCUUUAACGAAUAUAUUUGCUUAUUGGAGACAUUUAUUGAAGAGCAAUUACUGAAGCGGAUUCCAACUUUCAAUAUGAGUGCAUUCAUCUCUUCCUUACAAUCUCAUCAACAGGAAAUGGCUGGAGACAUAUUUGAUAUAUUACUCACUUUCACCGACUUUCUGGCAUUCAAAGAAAUGUUUCUUGAUUACAAAGCUGAAAAGGAAGGCCGGGGUCUUGAUUUAAGCAGCGGCUUAGUGGUGACACCUUUAUUCCAUUCGUCAUUAUCUUCUUCAUAGAGACAAUCGCAACUAGCAGUCUGUUUGUUCCUAUUUUGUAUCAUUCUUCUACUCUCGUUCCUUGGCCUUUUCAGUGUAUGCUUUGCCUCUUGUCAGAGUGGACUUCUCACUUUACAGCAAACCUGUGCUCAGAAAAAUAUGGAGGCAGCC